UGUUUCUGUAUUCAGGUUUUUCCUUUCAUUUCCUUUCACCUGCAUGAACCGCACGAGCCCUCUGAAAGUGAAUUCACCUGACCUAUGGAAAUACCUGAACUGGAGCUUUACAGUUUGGCACAACACCAGUAAAACCAGAGCAAAAUCAAUUCAGAAUGUCUUCAACAAUAGUCCAGUUUGCUGUACUCCCUUCCUGCCAAGAUAACAAUGAACCCACAGCAUGUGAUUGACUCGUAUCUGACAGAGGCCUCUGCCAGUAUCAGGCACUGUCCUCCCAACCUGCUGAAUAAUGUAGAAUAACUGAGCGCUGAAGUAAUGAUCUUCUGUGUCAAAAGCCAGCAAAGCAUUUUGUUUUCUCUUCUAAAAAUCUGGCCUGGGCCCACAAAGGAUUUUGUGGCAGAAGCUGGCAGUCCCAUACUUGCUGAACCUCAGGCUGUAUGGGCACAUUCUGAUGGGGAUGUUUUUCACCUCCGCUUGUAUAAACCUGCAUGUGCCCAUGUCUCCACAUCAAGUAACCAUGGACCGCCAAUCAGGCUUUCUUCCAGGACAAACUGGUGCAGGAAACAACUGGGCUAAAGGACACUACACAGAAGGGGCGGAGCUGGUUGACUCUGUGCUUGAUGUAGUAAGAAAAGAGAGUGAACACUGCGAUUGCUUGCAAGGAUUUCAGCUCACUCACUCCCUGGGAGGAGGGACAGGGUCUGGCAUGGGAACCCUACUCAUCAGCAAGAUCCGAGAGGAAUAUCCAGACAGGAUAAUGAAUACCUUUAGUGUCAUGCCUUCUCCCAAGGUUUCUGACACAGUGGUGGAGCCAUACAACGCUACGCUUUCAGUCCACCAGCUGGUUGAAAACACGGAUGAAACCUACUGCAUCGACAAUGAGGCUCUGUACGACAUUUGCUUCCGCACCCUGAAGCUUACCACUCCCACUUACGGUGAUUUAAACCACUUGGUCUCCGCCACCAUGAGCGGGGUAACCACAUCCCUGCGUUUUCCAGGCCAGCUCAAUGCUGACCUCCGGAAGCUGGCGGUAAACAUGGUCCCCUUCCCGCGCCUUCACUUUUUCAUGCCAGGCUUUGCUCCUUUGACGGCGCGAGGCAGCCAACAGUACCGAGCGCUCACGGUCCCAGAGCUCACCCAGCAGAUGUUCGAUGCCAAGAACAUGAUGGCAGCCUGCGACCCGAGGCACGGCCGGUAUUUGACAGUGGCCACCGUCUUCCGCGGCCCCAUGUCCAUGAAGGAGGUUGACGAGCAGAUGCUGGCCAUCCAGAACAAGAACAGCAGCUACUUCGUGGAGUGGAUCCCGAACAAUGUCAAGGUGGCAGUGUGUGACAUACCUCCCCGAGGCCUCAAGAUGGCCUCCACCUUCAUUGGCAACAGCACUGCGAUCCAGGAGCUCUUCAAAAGGAUCUCGGAGCAGUUUUCCGCCAUGUUCAGGAGAAAGGCCUUCCUCCACUGGUUCACAGGAGAGGGAAUGGAUGAAAUGGAAUUUACAGAAGCAGAAAGCAACAUGAAUGACCUGGUUUCAGAGUAUCAGCAAUACCAAGAAGCAACAGCAAAUGAUGGAGAGGAAGCGUUUGAAGAUGAUGAAGAAGAGAUCAAUGAAUAAAAAGAUUAGGUGCGAGAUUUUUCCAGGCUAAACUCUCAAAUCUGGAUUUCUGAUAAUUAGGCUUGUAAAUCCAUACUUAGUUUUAAAAAAUAAUAAAAAAGGGUGCAUGAAUUUCAGAUGUUAGAAGUGGUCUUCAGAAUCUAUUUGGAUCACUGGGAAUAUUCAGCAUUUCUGGAAAUUGGGCCAUUUGUAUUCGUGAGACAAAUGUAAUGCAUUCAGUUAAGACUUUGGCCUAAGAGUCUGAACAUGGAGAUUGCUAGUUUGGGAUAUUUUUUCUUUAGGGUUGUCAUCCCUAAAGCUGUAGAAGAGAAGAUGUAAAAUAGGCAUGAAAAUCUACAAAUUAGAGCUGCACUAUUUUCAUCCAGUUAUGAGUAAUAAAAUCUUGUGAGCUUGAAGUAUUCUGUACCAAAUGUACAAUACUGAACUGCCAGAAACAAAAUUUAUUCACAAUAAAAGAAAAAAUUUUUAGA